AUGGUCAACAACAACUUUUUCACGAGCACGGCUGCUGCCGCUCUUCUUCUAUUUACCAGUGUCCAAGGACAUAUGGUAAUGAACACACCCUAUGGCUACAGUCUUUACAAGGGAUCCGGACCCGAGUUGGUACAAGUCAACCCCUUGGAUGGAGGGCUUUACAAAUACCCAUGCCAGAACCACCACCGGGUUGAACAGCGCAGUACAGUGAAGGCCGGUGAUCUUCAGCUGGUUAACUUCACUGGAGGUGCUCAGCACGGCGGCGGCUCUUGCCAGUUCAGCAUCUCAUACGAUGACCCAGAGCAGACGAACGGAUGGAACACCUCGGCCACCUUCAAGACCAUCUACACCAUCAUCGGCGGGUGUCCAGCAAAAUUUUCAGAGGCCCAAGAGAAACUCGGUUCAAAUCUGCCAUUGGUGGCCGGUAAGGACCCAUCACAAAGAGACGAGACUUUACACUGUAAUGAUGAUGCCAAGGAGGACUGCACCCGGUCCUUUUUGGUUCCCAUCCCUGACUUCUUGCCCCCCGGAAAGGCAACCUUUGCUUGGACUUGGUUCAACAAGAUCGGAAACAGGGAGAUGUACAUGAACUGCGCUCCCAUCGACAUAACAGGGGGCACGCCCUCCAAAGAAAAUUUCAACAAGCUCCCCAACAUCUUCAUUGCCAACAUCCCCGGUCAAAAGGACAUUCCCGGGUACGACGGCUGCGUCACGAGCGAAGGCGUGAACGUAGUCAACAUCCCCUACCCGGGUGAGUUCGGCAGAGUCCUCGACAAACUCGACGUCGCUGACCCACCACUCGCUCCCAACAAGCUCUGCGAUAUGCCUCCUCCUAAUCAUACGCCCAGCUUCAAGCCACCGGCUGUGCCCACCACCUCAGCUCCUGCUGCUGGUGCCACUGCUACCAAGACCAGCCAGAGCUCCAUCUCCAUCGUUGACAUCUCCAGUGCUAGUGCCAGCGGUGGUGCCAAGGUCGAAGGCAACACCGGCCUCACGUUCGUCACUGCUCCUAGCGAUGGCCCACCACCAGCUGCCACGGCUAGCGCUACUGGCGGUGCUGGGUCCGGAGAUGGGAAGGAGUCAGAGGGAGGAGAAUGUCAUGACUCCAACGCUACGGAAACCGGAGCUGGCGCCGGUGAUGCAGACAUCGCCUCUACGGUAACCGCAGCCGUGACCCUUCAGCUAACAGUAACUACCAAUGGUCCACCACCUGCAUCUGCUCCUCCUGCUGCUGCUACCAGUCAAACUGCCGGUGCUGGGGCUGGGGUCGACACUGGUGGUGGUGCUUCUGCAUCUGCACCAGCACCUCCAGCCGCUACCUCGGGACUCGGAGACUCGGCCAACAACGCAGCGGGUGACUCGGGCUCGGACUCCGAUUCUGGUGGCGAUACAGGCGGUUCGGGAAAACCCCAAAAGAAGCAGUGCGAAAAGGAUCAAGUGGCUGUCUGCUUUGGUGACGAGUGGUUUGGCAUAUGUGAUAACGGGUGGGCGGUUCCCCAGCAGGUGUCUAAGGGGACGAGGUGCGAGAAUGGGUCAUUGGUGCACUCGGCGGUGAAGAAGGAGGAUGUGAAGAGGGAGGCUAGGGAGGGUUAUGGGGCGGGGGAGAGGCAUGCGCAUGCUAGGAGGCAUUUGAAGAGGAGAGCGGGGAGGAGGGGUUCUGAGGACGGUAUGGAGCACAGGGUAGAAAGGGCACGGGAGUGGUGA